GUCGCCAGCAAGGAGCGGUGUUGAGCUGGAGGUUCCUUUCGUAUGGACCAUCACCUGUGAUGUUGCCGCGGUAACGCAGGAGGGACAUUCCUCGGCUCCUGAUGUGCAGCCUUGAGGACGUGGAGUUCUCUCCUCGCCUUCAGGGACGGAUAAUAAACGUCAUGACAUGGCGAGUGGCGGCACCUGCAGGGUCCUGCCUGAGGCCGCUGGCUGGAGGACCACCGAGCCGUUGUCUACGUCAUCCUCCAGCGAGGACCGCGACCAAGAAGACGGUUUUUCCCGGGACCCGGAUGUUCACCGCCGCCAGCUGAGCAGGAGACCGGAAGUCCCGCCUCCUCAUCAUCAUUUGGGCGGGACGAGCAGGAGUGAACCUGAGGAGGACGAAGACGAGGGUGCGGAUGAAAUCCAGGACGGUCCGGACCAGCGCCGGCCCAGAAUUCCUCUGCGGCGCCGCUCACGACCUUUGACCCGAAGCAGACCGCUGACUCGCUCGUGCCUUUUGUCCCCAACGCACACACGCUCUCGCCGCGCACGGUGUUCUGCCAGUCUUAAAGUGAAGUGUCUGUCUCCCUCGUACGCCGCUUUUCUGCAGCGUGACCUUGACCUUGAUUGCCCGGUCGCCGUGGCAACGUGCCAUGGCGAAGCUGCGACGCCAGCGUGUGUGUUGCACCUGAGUGCCUCACUGAGCAGCCAGGUGUCAUACUCAAGACCUGGGGGCCACAAUUGGCCUGUCGCAUCAUUUAAAGUGGUCUGUCGCCUUUUUGAAAGUGGCCCAGGUGUCAAACUCAAGGCUCAGAGGGCCAGGACAGGCCUGCCGCAUCAUGUUAAGUGGCCCACUGCAUCAUUCGAACUGCCCAGCCCCAUCAUUUAA